AAGCAAACCUACCUAAUUGGUGUAGGGUCCUACAGAUUCUUAUUUUUGGACGGGGUGUAUGUGAACUGCGACAUUUUUUCCGCAAAAUCUGCUACCGGAACACGAAUUGCCAGCAGAACGUCGAGUGAGUGCCGCGUGAGUGACCCUCCCGCGAGAGGAAAGUGAGUGUGUCGUCGCGUGUGCAAAUGUUAUGCGUUCCGAUGAAGUUUCGACCGAAAAAGAUCACUGACUGCAGUGGAGUUCCCGGUACCGGAACAUCGACAACGGCCGGUGGCGGCGGAGGAGGAGGUGGUGGAGGCACCACCCGCGGAGGCGGCACCAGCAUGUACUCCGCCCGGCACUCGGUCAGUUCGUCGUCCAACGUCCUCAUGGUUGGACCAAACUUCCGGGUCGGCAAGAAGAUCGGCUGUGGCAACUUUGGCGAACUGAGGCUGGGGAAGAACCUCUACAACAAUGAACACGUAGCAAUAAAAAUGGAGCCAAUGAAAUCAAAAGCACCACAACUGCACUUAGAGUAUAGGUUUUACAAAUUAUUAGGAUCACAUGAUACACAGUCCCCUCCCGAGGGGAUCCCGCGUGUGUAUCACCUAGGUCUGUGUGGUGGCCGUUACAAUGCAAUGGUACUAGAACUGUUGGGACCAUCGUUAGAAGACCUUUUUACGUUAUGUGGAAGGAAAUUCUCACUCAAGACUGUACUGAUGAUAGCUAAGCAACUACUCCACAGGAUCGAGUAUGUGCAUAGCCGUCAUUUAAUUUAUAGAGAUGUAAAACCAGAAAAUUUUCUAAUCGGUAGAAGUUCAAAUAAACGUGAUAAAAUUAUACAUAUAAUAGAUUUUGGUCUCGCCAAAGAGUAUAUUGACUCAGAUACGAAUAAACACAUACCAUAUCGAGAGCAUAAGUCGCUGACGGGCACGGCGCGGUACAUGUCGAUCAACACCCACAUGGGCAAGGAGCAGUCCCGGCGCGACGACCUGGAGGCCCUCGGUCACAUGUUUAUGUAUUUCUUAAGAGGUUCACUGCCAUGGCAAGGUCUGAAAGCCGACACACUCAAAGAGCGAUACCAAAAAAUUGGUGACACGAAGCGGGCGACACCGAUCGAUGUGCUGUGCGAGGGACACCCGGAGGAAUUUGCGAAAUACCUGCGCUACGUGCGGCGGCUAGACUUUUUUGAAACACCUGAUUACGAUCACUUACGGAGAUUAUUUCAAGAUUUAUUCUAUUUUAAGGGUUAUGUAGACGACGGCGAAUUCGAUUGGACCGGCAAAACGAUGCCUUCAAAUUUCUUCGCGAUGCGUCAGCUGCGCAAUGCUCCACCGUCACACAUUGUCAAAACGAAAUCGGCAAAGUCCACACCAGUUGGAUCGUUACAAACUGGCCACGAAGUAGUUGUAUCACCAAACAGAGAAAGACACACACCUGUAAAUAAGGACGGAGAUGAUUUGUUCAGUUAUUACGACGAAGAACUAGACGACGCCACGCUGCAGAUCUUGGAACAGCAGCAGACGAAUUCAAAAGGAGGUGUCGCCGCUUGGCCGGAUGUGCCCAAACAGACUGGAACCCUGGGCAACCUAACGCCGGCCGACCGACAUGGCUCGGUUCAGGUCGUAAGUUCAACCAACGGAGAAUUGAAUGCCGAUGACCCAACCGCCGGGCAUUCGAACACGCCCAUCACGCAGCAGCCGGAAGUGGAACUGGUCGACGAAACAAAAUGUUGUUGUUUCUUUAAACGAAAGAAGAAGAAAUCGACCCGCCAGAAAUGACUAGAAGCAGUGCAAUGUAGUCCGGAACGUGAGGCUGUCAAGCUGCUACGUGCAACGUCACACUCCAACUCGCGCGACAGCGUGCUGAAUCCAAGCCAGGAUUACAUCCAGGCCUCGUCGCAGCAUACGAUCAGAUAUCCAUCCACCUCUGUACUGGCAUCGACACCGACCGCCCAAACGCCGACACUUCCAUUGUAAUUUAUUGCUAACUAUUAUUAUGCUAAUCCAGAUUAUUAAUUAAUUAAUUAUUAAAUUAUUUAUUAUAAUUUUUUCCGCGCGGUGUUACGUCCCAACAUCAAACAAAAAAACUACACACAAAUCGCAAAAAAAUACAACAAUGGUACCACCACCAUUUCCAUUCACGAAUCAUGGUCGUAAAUACGCUAUUUUGUCGCGUAACCCCCGGUUCUGCCCGAAUAACGAAAAAAAUCGCACACACACUUCAAUUAAACGCGUCCUCCAAAAUCGGAACAACCCGCCGUGGCCCAUUUUCUGUGAACACGUCGCGCGCGUAUGUGUGUGUGCGUGCGUAUGUGUCCCAUACAUGUGUCGAAACCGAUCAUCCCAAUAAUCAUCCCACAAUCCAAACGAUCACCGAUGAGUAGUGACUUUGAUGAUGACAUUGAUUUCGACCCCGACGACCUUACGAUCCUGUUACACUUUUUCCGUAAGCUUUGAUAUCGACUUCCGGGUGUCCCGGAAGGGAUCCUGCAGACGACCACUGCUACCGUUACCACAAUAUCAGCCAUACCUGUGUGUGUGUAUGUGUUGUCUAUCCGACUCUCAGUAGCUCUAGUACUACAUCACCAUCUCAGCCACCACCAAUUCUUCUUCUUCCACCACUGCUACAACAAAGUACAACACAACAAAUCAACCGAUCACCAGCAACCUUUCCUUUGUACCACACAAACCUUCUAUUACUACUUUCUCCUCUAGUACUACGACACACGGCAAAACGAUGUUCUCUUUUCUAGAAAAAAAAACUUAUGUCAGAAACUAUAUCAAUCCCCUCCCAGUAUUGGCAGCUUCUUUCAUCUCCCUCUAUCUAUUCGCUAUCGAAUCACAAAACCAGUUAGCAAACUUCCAAAGCUCAGAAGCAAUAGAAUCAAAAUAAUAAUCUACUACUACAAAAAAAAAACAUUCCGACUUCCCCCGCCUCACGCGUUGCACACCACUAAGCAACAAUCGCGAUCCCACCCUGCAGCGAGUGCCUCCUAAGCAACUAAACUAACGUUAGGUAUAGAUAGAAUCAUGUGGCCACCGCGAGCCACCUUGCCUUAAUACAAAAAAAAAAAAAACUCUUUUCUCUGCCAUAUAUCAACAUGUACAACAUUUCCCAGAAAAUUUGACCCGCCGGCUGAUGCCGUUGGCGCCCUGCUUUGGGAGUUUGUGACAGGGAGUGCAAAUCUGUAGGUAAAACUGGCAACCAUGCCGCAAUUGACAAUUAAAAAUGUGCAAUAAAAUCGAAAAAUCAUCCUUUUUGAUAUAGUACUAUCUAUGCCGUACAGUAUUUUUGGAACAGUGAAGUACUAGAUUGGGGAUAAGUAACCCGUUAAAUGUGUUCACAGAUAUUUAUAAAUGAAUGUAAAAUUCACAAAGCUUACAUUGUACUCCUUCCACAACUCCUCACUACACUCAGCGAAAUCAAAAAAGGCAUCACCCCGUUUUUUAUACUGUUUCACCAAAUUUAUUUUACUUAUCUUUCCGGUGUUCACUGUAAAAUGAGCGCACAUGAAUGUAUGCUAGAUUGGAGCGUUUUGAAAACCAUGUACAUUUCAACAAAGACUUACGAAAAAAAUGGUGCGUUUAAAAAAUUUGAGUUUCAAUUCAAGAAUUGACUGAACUUGUUACAUUUCAUCAGAAAUAAUGCCUUACUCAGAGCUGGUAGAAGGUUGUUCUUAGAAACUUGGUCACUAUUUUUUUUAAAGCCUCUUAAAAGCUUCCGAAGUCCACUCCAGGGCUGGUAUCAAGUUUCUUUUAGCUUCUCAUGUAAAAUCUCUAUGGAUUCUUCCAAAUUUCAUUUAAGGCAUCGCACCAUCAAAUAUAGUCACGUUGACAGCCUUAUUUUCUUCGGCAACCUUCGCAAAAGAACAACGGGUUAAUCUGCUGUUCUAUUAUCGGAAACACAAAAUAAAUCGUGUUUUGGAGCCGUAUUUAGUUCAAAUCAUGAUAACUCUGGUGAAAUUGUUUGUUCAGUAUUGUAAAAUGUAUCAUUGCGAUGAAAUGUCAUUAGUCCUCACGAAUCAUUCCAACAUUGGAUUUUGUGCUCAUUUCUUAAACCCAAAGGAUUUGCUAAAUAGUUUUUAACGUAGCAGUGGAAAAACAGAUUGGUGCUAUUUCAAUUUCUCUGGGCGUAUGGCACGUCAAUGCGGCAGCCGUUCAAAAUUUCCAACUGGUCGUAGCAGGAUUCAAACACAUUAUACCGACUCGGAACAAAUCCCAAAACGCGACGGAAUUUACUCGGAUCUAGUCCUUCUUGCGUUCGCGACAAAACGGGUUAGCCGCGAAACGCCUUCUUAUCAGUAUUGAGGAUGUCGUCAAUUUCUCUUUUUUGAAUGUCAAAACAAAAACCGGGCAAAGAAAUCGCGAUUGGAGCGCAGCAAAGCAAUGUUCGAAAAUCCGGAUCUAGUACCGAAUAUUACUAAUUGUGAGGAACUAGAUCGCGUCCGAACUUUCCAAGAAACAUACAAAACCAUGCUCAUUUUAGCCAGCCAUGCAUUUAACGAAAAGCCCAAGCACUGCAACGCAGUACUAGUUCGGUCACUUCAGCGGUACCAGCUGGGUCGAUCUAGUACUACCGGGACUUCCCCAUUAUUGCUCGCCCAAUCCAAUCUAACAACCGAAUGGCAUUGGAAGCCGCGGCGUUUUUGUUUUUACUUUGUUCUCUUUGCUAUUGUUGUUCGUGUGUUUGUAUUAGACGACGUGAACCGACUCAAAGCACGGAAAAAACCAAUCAGUCAUUUUCCUUCUUCGAUUUGUACAGUAAGGUAAUCAGAAAACCAGCAGCAGUUAUGCUAGUACGUCAUGAAAGCAGAAUGAACCCCACAUUAAUACACAAAAAAAAACACCUAUCGUAAACGUGUCGCGAGAGCGUGCGGGAGAGAGAAAGAACGAAAAGAUCACACUAGUAGGCAGCAUAUUGUUUCUCCUAGAAUUCUAGUACUCUAUUUUCCGUUUGUUAGGACUAAUAAUUGCUAGUUGGAAUCUUUUUUUUUCAUCUGAGUCUUUUUACAAACGUGUAAUGUUUUGUUUAUUUUUUAUGAAUGAUUUCCGGGAGCGAAGAAAAGUUGCAUUAUAACGUUUUGUUGUUCUUUUCUCUGAGUAUGUUCUAUGUCCAAAGCAAUUUUUCGUUUUUCGUGAGCAUGUACCUAGUAGUAGACACAGCUAAGUGAAACAUCAGAGAAAGAUUGAACGACGGGAAGGAAGCGAUCAGGCACAUGAUUUUCUUUUACUUUUCUUCUUUGUUUAAUCUAAUUGUGAUAUAAAUAGUUUCUUUUGUAUAGUGUAUAUUUUUACUGCGUACCAAGUAAGCCGUAAGUCUGUAUUUAAGUCAGCUGAAAGAAAACUAUUAGACUAGCAAAUGAUGAGAGAAUGGAGAAAGAGAGAGAGAGCGAGAGUUAGAGAAACCGAAGAGCGCGAUGGAAGAGAAAAUGUUGCGUUUAGUAGGAAGCAGUUAUCUAAUGAGCAAAUAAAACAAAUUGCGAAAAGAAAAGCUAAACAAUAAAAAUGAAACGACUGUAGUAGCUAAAUAUUAA